GUGAUGUAUCUUGUAAACAGGGCCGGAUUUAAGCUUGGCGGGGCCCUAAGCUACUGAAAAUGAUGGGGCCCUUUUAAGUUCAAUUCUAUUUCUCUACACCCAAAGUUUAGAGUUAUGACUGCAAAUUCAAAGGAGGAAGAAAAAGAUUCUAAUAUUUUUGAGGAAAUCUUAAAUAAACUAACUAAUUCAAAUUUUAUUUCUAUAUUUUUUCUUUUACUGGAAAAUUAUAUUAAACCUGACCGGUAUUUAUGGAUCAUAAAUCAAGAUAAAAGUGAAAAGAUAAAAAUUCUCGAAAAGAUUUUGUUGACUCGUCAUAUAUUUGCCAAAGAUCUACUGAUUGAAAUUUUAUGGACUAUAAAACGAUAUGAUUUGUUAAAAAAUUUAGAUGUUUGUCAGCACAGCUAUCAAUGUCAAUCUUCUGGUUUAAAUAGAAUAUGGAAAAGCUUAUAUGAAGUCUGUGAUUCUUUUGAUGUGGAAACUGACUUUAAAUACUUUAAGAAAGUUUUCCCAGAAAUAUCAAUUUCUGAUGAAGAACGUCUAGAAGAGUUUUUGGUUGAAAAAUAUAAUGCUAAGAAAAUUUCAAAGAUUGAAAUGACUACUUUAUUGACAGAUUUGAAUAAUGAGAACCAGAAGUCAAAAACAUGGGCAUUGCCUGAUGAAUAUCUUAUAAAGCAACCAACAAUAACAUCACCUUGUGGACUUGCUGUUAUAAUAAAUCACGAAAAUUUUAACUGGGAUGAGAAUAGUGGUUUAAAACUGGAGAGAAGGAAAGAUAGUUUAUUAGAUGUGGAUGCUUUAAAGGAUAUUUGGAAGUCAUUUGGAUUAGCUACCGAAACGUAUAAUGAUUUAAAAGAAGAAGAAAUUUUACGCACCUUCCAAGAAUUAUCAGAGAGAGAUUUUUCUAUUUACGAUAUAUUGGUUGUGUGCUACAUGUCUCAUGGAAAUGAAGGUGUUGUGUAUUCAAGUGACUGUAAACCAAUACAGAUUACCAGUCUUAUAGAUUUAAUGGCAAACAAGUGCAAGUCUCUCAUCGGCAAACCAAAACUAUUCUUUAUUCAAGCAUGCCAAGGAGCACAAAUACAGUGUGGAAUUUCGAAUCCAGUUUUUUCACCUCAGCCAGUUACAAAUUCAAGUUUCGAUGAAUAUCCAAAUGACACACCUUAUUUUGUGGAUGUUUUAGUAGCAGUUUCAACUAUUCCUGGGUUUGUCAGUUUCGCCUCUAGAAAUAAUAACUCGUGGUUUAUACAAGCCCUGGUUGAAAAUGUAGAACAAUUUGGUCACCAAAAAAACUUUACCGAUGUUAUGAUAAAGGUCACAAAUGAUGUCUCACACAGGAGAGGCGAGUGUAAUUUUCAAGGACAACCAAUUAAAAACUGUAAGCAAACUGUAGAAACGAAAAGCACUCUACGAAAAGAAUUACAUUUAAAAAAACUUAGAAGUUAAUAAAAAUAUAGCCUGUUAUAUCUUUGUCUAUUAAUGCUUGUUGAAAGUAUAAUUUUGUAUAAAUGUUUAUAACUUGUAAAAUUUUAUAAUUUGUAUUAAAUGUCUAUAAUAUUAAAGAAUUUUUAAUUUGUGA